AAGAAGAGGAGAGUUAAUUCAUUUCAUCAAAUAGUACACAAAAUCCAGUGGGUUUUGUUUUUGUUUUUGUUUUUUGGAAGAAGAAUAAGAUAGUAGAUAGUCCAGAGUGGGUUUUCCUUUCUUUAGAGCAAGCAACUACCUCUCUCUGUUUUUGUGGCUCACCUAUAAAAACGGUCUCUUUCUCUCUCUCUUUAAAUUUGGGUCUUUUUUUUUCGGCCACACAUACAAAACAGAGGAGAAAGGAAAGCUCAUUUCUUUGGGUCUCUUUAAGGUAGGGUUAGGGUUAGGGAUUUAGGGUUUUCUGAUUUGGUACUUUUUAAAAUGGAAGGAGGAGAAAUUGGGGAGUUGCAGGACUGGGAGGUCCUCCACAGCGCCGGGGAGGACGUGGUGGAAAGCCAUGGAAGCUUCUCGGCGAUUGAGGCUGACGCCGAGGGGAUGAUCAGGUCUGAUUAUUUCUCGUUGGAGAAUCAGGGGAGGUAUGGCUAUGCUAAGAGUGAAGCGGGUUCUGUUGAGUCGGAUAAUCCGAGCUGGAUUGACCCGGUUUCGGUGACUACUUACAAGGAAUCGGGUGGGUUCUGGUCCGAUUCGGCUAGUGAUCGGUCCGAUGACCGAAAAAGUCAUGAUUUUGAGGCGAGGAGCGAGUUGGGUUCCGCCGGAAAUGAGCAAAGCCCUGUGCUUUCGGAGCCUGUGGAUGAGAAUUUGGGGAAAGGCAAAGUGGGUGUCCAAGGAAUUGGGGAAGUUGGGAGCUUUGAUAAGGAUUUGGAUAAGUUCUGGUCUGAUUCCGGCGGUGAAAGCUCGGUUUCUGUGAAAUUUGACAAGGAGGGUGGUUCAAGUGAGUCCAACAAGGAAUCAGGGGAGGAAGAAUCAGCUGAGACUCAAAGUGGUGCAGUGGAAGAAGUGAAAACGGUGGCGAAACCGGGUGGUGAGGGUGAGAAGAGGAUGGUCUUGUGGUGGAAGGUUCCAUUGGAGGUGUUGAAGUAUUGUGUUUUCAAGGUGAGUCCUGUUUGGUCUUUCUCUGUGGCCGCAGCGGUAAUGGGUUUAGUUAUCUUGGGAAGGAGAUUGUAUAGGAUGAAGCGAAGGAGCCAGAGCUUCCAGCUCAAAGUUGCUCUGGAUGACAAGAAGGUAUCUCAAUUCAUGAGUCGCGCUGUGCGUCUCAAUGAAGCAUUUUCAGUUGUGAGGCGGGUUCCCAUUUUACGACCUUCACUGCCGGCUGCUGGGGUCAAUCCAUGGCCAGUGAUGAGUUUGAGAUAGAAAAUUCUUCUUGUGAAAUAUAUAGAAAAAGAAAGGAUUAUGUCCAUGACAUGUGCUAAAAGACUAAGUUCUUAUGCUUCGCUUUGUAUUAAACCAAACGUGGCUGCUUUGUGUUUGAACUUUAAGUUAAGAACCUGCAUCAGUUUGUGUAAAAUACAGACAAGUUUCAACUAGGUACAAAUUUUCAAUUUCUUGUUUAUCCUGUUGCCUUGUAUCUAUGCUCUCUAUCUUAAUCUGAAUGGGUGAUGUACUUCUCAUACUUGCACCUUUCACAUGCC